UAGAUACAAUCUAAAUUCAUGUUUGAUUGCUAAUGAUUUAAAUCUAGAGUUCUGUGAUUAUAUAAUCUGAUAUUAGUCAAUAAUUAUUUGUUAUCUGAUUAUGAUUUCCUCUUGCUCUCCAUUUUCAUCCGAUCAUCUUUCAUGACGUUUUGCCUUCCAUUCUGGCUUUCUGAGAUUCCAUGAUAUUGUGCUGCCAGUGCUACAUUUAUAAUAUUCCAGUCAAUCUAUUUUCUUGUCUACAAAAGAGCAGUUUCCUGGUCAAAUAUUGCUCAAAAUACAAUUGUCAUUAUCAUCAUUGAUCGAAAAUUGGACUCAAAUUAUCGAUAACAAAGUUUCUCUUAAAAAUCAGCCAUGUCAAAGAUUGGUGUUGCUGUCUUCACUCUCAAUCAAUUGGCUUUGGAUUUUGUGGGAAAUCGAGAUCGUAUAGUCAAAAGUAUUCACAUUGCUAAGGAAAACGGAGCUUCUCUAAGAGUUGGACCAGAGCUUGAAAUCUCUGGUUAUUCGUGUGAAGAUGCUUUCUUCGAAUCUGAUACUGUUUUCCAUUCAUGGGAAAUCGUGGCUGAGAUAAUACAAAAUGACUUUAGAGACAUAAUCAUUGACCUAGGAAUGCCUGUUUAUAAGGAUGGAUCGCUUUACAAUUGUCGCAUUAUAUUACUUAACAAUAAAAUUCUUAUGAUUCGUCCCAAGACUAAAUUGGCUGAUGGAGGAAAUUAUCGCGAAUCUCGGUGGUUCACUGCCUGGGGAGAUCCAACUGGCUCAAGCAUUCAAUGGUUUCCUCUACCCUCCUUCAUAUCAGUUCUUACACAUCAAAAAUAUGUGCCUUUUGGGUCAGAUAUUAUUCUAGAAAUCAUACAGCCUGACAUCAAUUAUAGUGUUUCUGAAUCUUUCGCCGUUAAGAUUGGUUUCGAAAUGUGUGAAGAAAUGUGGGUUGCUGAUGCUUCAAAUGUAUCUUUAUUUGGGGAAAAAGGAGUUCAUAUUAUUGCCAAUGGAUCUGGUUCAUACUGGGAAAUUCGUAAACUCGAUCGUGCCCUUGAUUUAAUGAAAACAGCGACUAGUAAAUCAGGUGGUCUUUACGCUUUCUCAAAUUUAAUUGGCUGUGAUGGAGCUCGUAUAUGUUUUUACGGAAGAAGCCUUCAGGUCCUCAACGGAAAAGUUGUUUCUAAAACAACAACCACCGAUACAUUUUUGCGAGAUGUCGAUUUUGCAAUCUACAAAUUGGACCCUUUAGAUAUAAUCAAUUAUCGCCAACAAUUCAAUGUUCGGAGCCUUUCACAUAGAAACGUAGGAUCUCGAUUAAACUAUUACGCUAAUCAAAGUAAACUGAGUGAACCAGAGUCAGGACUAGUUGAUUACCCAAAGGACCUAACCAUUUCUAUUUUCAAUUUCAAUUUAUUUCAAACUCCUUUAUCUUCAAAUAUACCUUGCCACCUUGAAUCAAUCACACCUGAACAAGAAAUAAUUAUGUAUGGAUCUCUUUGGCUCUGGGAUUACUUGCGCCGUUGUCAUUCAUGGUGCAAAGGUUUCAUUGUGCCUUUGAGUGGAGGACUGGAUUCAGCUUCCGUUGCUUGCUUGGUUUACUGUAUGAGCUCUUUUAUUUAUAAGCAUGCUAAAAACCAAUCACUUAUAGAGAAUGAUUCAGAAUUUAUGACUUCCUUGACAUCAAUACUUGGUACACCAUUUAAAAAUAUCAAAGGACCUAAAGAUAUCUGUCGAAAAUUACUCCGCUGUGUUUACUUGAAAACUAAUUACUCGGGUAAAGCUAGUGAAGAAAGAGCUGAACGACUUGCAAAAUUAUGUGGAGCUGAGUUCUAUUCCGUAAAUUUCACCGAGAUAUACAAAUCUGUCGAUAGCUUGACCAGUAAAGCUCUCAAUAGAGCAGUUCCAAAAAGUAUUCCUUUAAGGCUUCAAAAUCUUCAAGCCAGACUGAGGAUGGUUCUAACUUAUGAUCUUAGUGAAUGUAACCGUCUAGUCUUAGCAAGCGGUAAUGUGGACGAAGCUUUGGUUGGAUACUUGACAAAGUAUGAUUGCUCUUCGGCUGAUCUUAAUCCAAUUGGCAGCCUUAGUAAACGUGAUCUUCGUAGAUUCUUAUCUUACAUAAAAGAUAAAAUUUUAACUGAAGACAAAGAAGUUUUGGACUUGAUAUUGAAUGCUAUUCCAAGUGCAGAGCUUACCGGUGAAAAUCAAAGCGAUGAAGAUGAUCUCGGUUUAACAUAUGAUGAGCUUAGCUUAUUUGGCCGACUACGUCGAGGCGAAUUUGGUGCAUGCGGACCUUACAGUUUAUUUUGCAAGCUUUUGGAAAAUGCUGAACAGUAUAAUCAGCCUUCUGAUCCAGUCAUUUUGUCCAACAAAGUCAAGCGAUUUUUCACUUUACAUGCUCGCAAUCGUCACAAACAAACAGUAUUAACGCCUUCACUUCAUGCUGAAACAUUUUCCCCGGAUGAUAAUCGAUUUGACCAAAGACAAUUUUUAUUCGAUACUAAUUGGACCUUACAAUUUAAAACAAUCGAUGAAAAAGUAGCUGCAUUGCAAAAAGCAAAGGAAGUUUGAGCUUUAUGCACACCAAAACAAAUUAAAUAAGAUAUUAGAUCUGUGUCGUUAACAUUUGUCAGGGUGAACAGACUUUAAAUUUUCUAACUUAAUAAGCAAAAUGGAUAAAUAUUUCUAUAAUUUUAGGUAGAUCAGAAAUUUUUGUACGAAAAUUGCAUUUUGAAAAAAUUAAUUUUUAAGCAAAAUUAUUAAUCAAUGAAAUGAUCGCAAAUAUUUUCAAUUGUAACCUGAGUUUUAUAUGCAUUGAUUUAUAAGAUAACUUUUUCAUGCAGAACUUACUGGGCUACCUAAUGUUUAAAAAUAUCUAAUAGUAUUAUCUAUUCAUGUUAAAGUUCUAGGAAUAUUUUUCACUUUUCAACCAAGUUUCCCUCUUUGAAUGACUAUAUUGUUUGAUUAAUUUAACCUUGUUUUUAAAUAAAUGCUUUCUAAUUAACAA